UCUCUCGCCACAUUUGACAAAUGCAGUGAGAAAACACAUUUUCAGCGAACGAGACCAAUCUUUUGAGUUUAUAUUAUAAAAUUGAAGAAAAAAGGAAAUAUUUUGCGGUAAAAGUCGUUUUGUAAUCGGAAAAUUUAUUGGAUAAUUUAGAAAAUGACGCAACGAGAAGCAGAAUUAAGUGAAACCCACAGAAGAGCACCCAUGGAUUUUGGCGAGCUUCGAAAUGACACAGACUUUAUUACAAAGUCCACCAAUUUGGAGAAAUCAUUGGAUGCAAUCGAUGAACAAAUUUCGGCCGCCUGUGAUUUUCCAAACUACGAUGAUUUAAGCACCGAAGACAAGGUCAAAUACGAUUUGUACUUGUCGUAUUCAAUCAAUUCACUCUACUGGAUGUACUGCAAACUUCAGGCCAUCGAUGCAAGUUCGAAUCCAAUCCGGAACGAGAUAUCACGAGUUAGACAGGCAAUCGUACGAGACAAAGAUAUUUACGAGCGAAAAACAAAGCGACCAGUUUUGGAUAAAGGUGCUGCUGGCCGAUUCAUUCGACAUGGUUUACACGAAAAACGACCCACCGACAAAGAGCUGCUCGGACCAAAACCCAAACACAAACGUUUCAACGAAGACGAUUAAUUUGAUUUAUUGCAUUUUCAACGUUUUUUUUUUCUAAU